AGGAUUAUGUCCGAUAGCGGACGCAAGACUCGCGAGUCGGGGCCAAGAAAUACACAUUACCGUUUCGUUCUUUCUCAUUCUUUUCCCGGUGAUACGAGGUGGUGACACAAACAUCUUACAUUCUAAGUCAAAAACUCGUUGGUAGAGUUGAAGCUUCAAAGGGUUCCCCUAUUGCGGGGUAUAUAUGAAGCCUUGAGAGCUUGUUAAAUUUGUCAAAUUAUCAUUUUGUUAUUCAUCAUCUCAACUACAAUAAGCAUCUCAAGAAUAAAUAUCUCAAGAAUAAAUAUCCCAAAGAAAAUAUCAUCAUGUCCACCAUUCAAGUUUACCAGGCGACCAAGGUCGGCGGACCCUUUGAGCUAAUCACGGCACCCAAGCCUACACCCGGCCCUGGUGAAGUUACUAUCCGACCGAAAGCCGUUGCAAUCAACGGAAUUGACUGGAAGAACAUUACUUUCGGUGCCACAAUCCAAUCUUGGCCCGCCGUUCUUGGCAUCGACGGCGCCGGCAUUAUCGAGGAAGUCGGCGAGGGAGUCACAAACUUUAAGCCCGGUGAUGAAGUCCUAAGCUACGCUCGUGGUAUCUUGGGCAAGGGUUCAUUCCAGGAGGUGUACGUUGCACCAGCAGAAGAGGUUACUAAGAAACCGUCCUACUUGAGCUUUGCGGAGGCUGCUUCUCUAUCAACCUGCUUCCUUACCGCAGCGGGUGCUAUUGCUGGUGGCCUCAAAGUAGGCAUACCCGGCCUUUCUAAGAUAGAAAACACAAACCCGCCAAAGUCGAUUCUCAUUCUCGGUGGUAGCUCCGCCGUAGGAGCCGCUGCUAUUCAGAUCCUGCGUUUUGCGCUGCCGUCCGUUACCAUUGUGGUGACCAGCUCAAAGCCUCACCACGAGCACUUGAAAUCCCUAGGUGCGAACGCGGCUCUUGAGCGAUCCGCUCAGCAGGACAGUGAAGUUCUCAAGGCUGCGUCACCGGGGGGUGUUGGUUUCGACGCCAUUCUAGACGCUGUCGGAGCUGGCCCUGAUUCACCUGCCGUCUAUGACGCGCUCAGGGCUGACGGGCCGAAGCUGUACUCGCUGGUUCUUACUCGGCCUGACGCACAGCCUCCCAAGGAACUGCAGUCCACACUAGUCAGUGUGUUGAACGCGGAGCCAGGCGCCAUGGCUUGGCUAGGCAAGCAAUUGGAGGAGCGCAAGUACAAGGUUCCCGUCAAGGCCGAGGUUGUAGGUCACGGAUUCCCUGAUAUCCAGAAGGGUCUGGCCAGGUUCCCAGCCCAGGUCAGCGGUGUGAAGCUGAUCGUCACGUUGUAGACGUGAAGAUAAGAUUAUAAGAUCAAUGGGAAUCUUGGAUAAUUCAGGUUAAAUACAGUUGGCAUAGAUAGGUCAGCAAGUGAGCUACAGACACGAGUCCAUCGUAAUGCUUUAACGAAACGGGGAAGUUAAUGAAAAAAUAGACUUACUAUCUUAAACAAAUUGAAGCCCAUAUGUGAUGUGUUUUUGACCGGAAACAAUUUAUACAAUUAUAUAGUACGGGUAAGAUUAUUCCUUAGCUCGGGCUU